UUCCGUCAGCGGACUGCCUCGUGAAGCAGCUCUGACGUCGCCCUCCCAGCGGCCUCGACGUCCUCCUCGACUCCGGCCUAAUUCUUCGUCCUCAGCCUCUUUCUCAACUCCAGUCUAAACUCCAGAUCUUCUUCCUUAACCUCAUCCUCGAACUUCCUCCUCCUCCUCCACUCUCCUUCGACCAUGACGUCAGCCGUCUACGGCCCUCCUCUCCAGUACCACCUGAUGCCCUACUUCUUCAACGCUGGAACCCCCAACUACGUCGAGAAGACGGGCGCCCAGGCACCCGAGGGAGACCACCUGAGGCUGUCCGUCUUGGCCAACCAGCUGGCUAUCACUCAGCUGAACCAGGUGGUGACGCAGCUCCUCAAGAUUGGCAAAGAAGGGUGUGCUAAAGAUCAGCCUCCGAGACCGACCUCAGAACAGCUCGAGUUUCAGCAGAAGCUCCUCGAGAAUAUAGUCAAAGGUUUUUCGGCGAUGGACAAAACGCUGAGGGAUCUUGUCCCUUCGAGGAAGCAGGGAGAAGACAGUGACACGUUGGAUGCCCUGCAGGAUUCGAUGGCUUGGCAAAAGACGUUCCUGGAAGCUUUGGGCGACGGGCUCUUCGGCAACUUGUCCGAGCGAAUUUCAAGCCUUGAGAGUCGGGUGUCAGAGGCCAGAGAUGACCUUUUCAACUUGUCGUUAUCGAUGCAAGAGAACUUUGAUAAGCUGACCAGGGAAGAGCCCCCACCCCCCACCACCCUCCCCCCCACCGAGCCCACAACCCCCGCCCCGUGCCCCGACCGCUACUUCCUCCUGGAGGGCGAGUGCCUCUUCGUGAGCGCCGAGGGCCAGCGCCUCAACUGGAACCAGGCGAGGAAGACCUGUCGCCUGACAGACGGCGACCUGGCCGAGCCCGAGGACGUCCUGCGCCUCGUCCUCGCCCUCGGGAACAGCACCAACGGCACGGGCGACGUGUUCUGGGCGGGCGCCCGCAGGAAGCAGCAGCCCGAGAGCGGAGGCGCCGGCCAGAGCGACGCAGAAGAGGACGACGGCGCGACGGGGGGCCUCGGCGAGUGGCAAUGGCUCUCCGGCGCUCCCGUCGGGCGCGGCUGGCUCCUGGGCAGGCCCUCGCGCGACCCGGCGAGGGCCUGCUUGGGCGUCUCCGGCGAGGGCCUGAGUGAUGAGAACUGCAAUAGCGACAGGAGGUUCGUGUGUGGGUUGAAUAUGCGUGAGUGAGGGCUGGGGGCUGGGGGUCUUUUUGCUUCUUUAAAAUAUUACUAUUGUUUUUUUUCUUUUCUUUUUUUUUCUUUUUUUUAAGUAUUCGGGUUAAAUGUUUAUAUGUGUUUCCUGUUGUAUUUAUUUAUUAUUUAUUAUCUUGUUUUUUUUUAUCUUUUUUUGGGAGGGGGUGACUCUAAACGUUUAGGUAUGUUUCCUGUUAUACAUAUAGCAGGAAAUAUAUCAAUAUCUAUCUAUCUAUCUAUCUAUAUGUACACACUUUUUUUUUUACUGUACUUCUAACCCUUCUAUUUGAUUAAUUUUUAAACAUAUAGAUUUUCAUACUUUAUCUUUAUAUGACAUCCUCUGAAAUUCAAUCUCAUUUCUAGUCUUAUUCAUUUUUGCAGCUAUCCAGUGCAAUUGUUUUUUUGUUUUUUUUAUUAAAUUUUGUCAAUAAAAGGUGUUGUGAAAUUAUCCCAUGACUAGAUUUCUAUCCUGAUAACUGUUAUCUGUAUCAAUAAAACCGAUACAAAAAGGCAAGACGCAUGAAAAAGAAAUGUGAAAAAAUAUACAUGUCUAGUGAUUUUUGUUAUGCUAACAAACGCAAUAAACAAAACAAAUAAACAGGUAUGAGUAUA